CUGUGGGCAGCUGUUCGGAGCUGUACUCUUAUAUAGCCAACUAUUAUCAAUGUUUUUACCUGUAUAGAGACGUGUUUUUAUCUGCCCGCUUUCCUAUGGCAUUAAACAAAGUUUUUGAUUUGGUUGUCAGUUUUUAAAGGUAAUGAAAAGGCUCAAGGGCAAGAAACAGAAAGCAGGAGUUGCGGUGAAUGGAAAUGGAUCCGUCUCAAAAGAACCGGAUUGUGGCAAGAAAAGGAAGUUGGCUGAAAUCAACAAAGCUUUACUCAGUGAUCCGGUGGACAUUGAGACCCUGAGGAGAGCAGCAGUCAGUAAAGGAGGUCUGCUCACUGAUGAACUGAGGAGAAAAGUCUGGCCCAAACUACUGAAUAUCAACGUCUACAAUCUACCACAUAAACCGGGUCGAGAUGUGAGGGAGAACCACAAGGACUUCAAUCAAGUAGUCCUGGAUGUCAGGAGGUCCAUGAAGCGCUUCCCUAAAGGUAUGCCAUCCACAGAGAGAGCUGCGCUUCAGGAGCAGCUGAUUGAUAUCAUACUGGAGGUUUUGAAAAGACACCCUCAGCUCCAUUACUACCAGGGCUACCACGACGUGGCCGUCUCCCUGCUGCUGGUAGUCGGAGAGCGAAUGGCCAUUGCCCUCCUGGAAAAACUGUCCAACUAUCAUCUUAGGGAUUUCAUGGAUCCUACCAUGGACAGCACUAAGCACAUUUUAAAUUACCUGAUGCCCAUACUGGAGCAGGUUGAUAAAGAACUACAUGACUUCAUGAUUAGAGCUGAGGUUGGAACCAUCUUCGCGCUGUCCUGGCUCAUCACUUGGUAUGGCCACGUGCUUUCGGACUUCAAACACACCCUGAGACUGUACGACUUCUUCCUGGCCUCACACCCACUGAUGCCAAUCUACCUUGCUGCUACGAUCGUGUUGCACAGAGAGAAGGAGGUGAAGCAGACAGAGUGUGACAUGGCCAUGGUCCACCACCUCCUCUCCCGCAUCCCUCAGGAUCUCCCGUAUGAACUUCUGAUUGGUCACGCUCAAGAUCUGUUCGACCAGUACCCUCCAUCUCUGCUGGCCAAGAAGGCAGCCCUGCAGUCUCGCAAGAGCCUGUCCAUCAGCACCUUCCAGGCGUUUCAGCUCUCCACUCUCCACCAGAGGCCCGACUCUGUUCUCCAACGCCUCACAAAGGCCCAGGGCUCCACCGCCUCCAGACACGGCCUGGAAGCAGCUUUGCCCCGGGACCGAGGCCAGCUGUGGGGGAAGGGGAACAGGAUGGUGAAGAUGGCAGUGUGGGGGCUGUCAGCGACGCUCGGGGCGGCUGUGUUCGCUGUGGCUCAGACAGCUUUGGACUGGGGACCGGACGUGUUACUACAACUGUUCUGACACGGCGGUGGGGAUUUAGACUGUUAGACACAUGGUGACGGCAGAAACACAUCUGCUCUCAAGAUGACAAAGAACAAACAAAGACUUGAAGUGACCUGUUGAAGUCUCUCCUGCCGAGAGGAGAGCUGGAGGAGGUCAGUUAUCUCGAUGCCAAACAGGUUGUUGCUACUCAACCACAGUGAACAUAUGUCAACUACCAGUCAGCCUCAGGAUGUGUGUACAUGAGUUUGAGUGUGUGUGUACAUGCUGUAUGUUUAUUAGUAAAUAUUCCUGACCUCAUAUCACAUACAAGCAUGUAAACUAACAGGCAAACCAAUGUUUAACUUUACAAAGAUAUUCAAAAGACUGAGAAAGUCACAACAAAAAGGUAAAAAAAAAAACCUCAAAGACAGACAAAAUGUCACCAAAAAGGCAAAUAUAAACCAAAAGAAAACACAAAACAUCAAAAAGAGUUCUAAAACAUCAACAGAGACACCAAACAACCACAAAGACUGCAAUUUUGUUUGCAAACAAUGCACAAUGACCUCAAAAAGAUACGACACGACAUCAAAGAAGCAAAAUGUCAACCAUAAAAACCACAAAAUGUCAAUGAAGAGUUCCAAAACAUCAACAAAGAAGCAUGAAAAAGUAAAAAGAUUGUAAUUUUGCCCACAAACAAUGCAAAAUGACCUCAAAGAGAUGCAAAAUAAUAGCAAAGACGUUCACAAAACGUGUAUAUACACAAAUAUAUCAGAGAAACACAAAAUGACAACAAAGAUUGCAGUUUUGUCAACAGAUUCACAAAGCGAUGCAAAAAUCCCAAAUUAAUGACCAAAAGAUGCAAACCUACCACAAACAAUUAAUAUAAACAAUCUGUAGGAGGCUCAAAAUGGCCACAAAUAAGAAGCAAAACAACAAAAGAGCAGCAAAGGACACACAAACUAGUACAAAAAUGCACAUUGAAAAUCUUUCCCUACAUGUGAGACAUUAACAUGCCUUGCUUUUUAGGGCAGACACUCACAAGUUACCACUGUUGCUACAUUUUACCCGUGUCUUGUUGAGUUUCCCGUUCGCUGAAUAUAUUUGCUGAAAUCUCACUUUUAGCCUGUCAUGCUCGUUUUGUUGCGUUUUCAUCGAUGUACAUUUGUUGGUUCAGCAGUCGUAUCUGAGAGCCAAAAGUGCCCGUAGCCAGCACGAUGACACAUGAACACAAAUUAUUAAAGAGUAGUGUUUUCUGCUGAAAGCUUCGAGUAGCAAAAGAAGGCAAACUGGGGAGAAAAAAAAGAAAGAUGGAGGGAGAGAUUUUACUUGUGAGACUCCUGUAUUAAUUGCUUUCCUCCAGGUGUCAGUGAGCUGCAUUUACGGUAGAGUUUGGCAAGCAGAAGAAGCCUUUUCUGCUCCAGAAUGUGAACAAAAUACAGCAUGCAGCACUGAAUUUCUUAAAGAUACAUUUUGCAACAGCAGGCGUUGAAGAACAUCUUUUGAAUGCUGUUUUCUAUCUUCCAUAGAGUACUUCUCACAGUGCUGUGGCCCACCACUGCUGAAUGAAUAUCAGGAAAACACCUAUCACAUUUUUUAAAUAUUCAGCAGGUUUGCACCAACAGAACUGCACCCCAUGUUCUCUCUCCGUAGUAUUUUUGAGUCACUACAAUUAUGGGCUCAUUAUUUUAUCAAAUGUGAUGGAAAAGAGAUGUUUUAUUGUAAUUUUUUAAGUAUAAGAGCAUAUCAGCGUGCAUCUAAAACGGCACCACAGUCUAAGCAUAAUUUCACAACCUGAAUAUUAAUAAAUCAGCCUGUUUCCACCUGAGGCACAUGCAUAUGUAUGGAGCAUAAGGGGUGGUUCUCCAAACAGCCAUGUAUGCUCUAGUUGUUGACUCAUAUUCUAAAACAUUUAUCAGCCCGUACCGGCGUAGCUAAGCUCCUGCUGCAUCUGUAAACACAACUUCACUCGAGUCACAACACUCUCCCCUCCUCCGUCAUCAGAUUUACAGCUAAUGUGUCACAUCUGUGCUCAGCUAAAUGUGAAGUUUACCUUGUUGAUUGUAGAUGAUUGAACUCAACUGGUUCACGCGUUGAUGUGUACGACACUGGAGAGAAGAAUGGGUUAUACAAAUCCAGAAAGUCAUAUUUCUAGCCUUGGGGCUAUCUUAGAAGAUUGCAGAGCUGCAUAGUUAUUAAACUGGUAACUCAAUCUUUUACUCAUUAGGUAGUUAGUUUCAGGCACUCAUGACAAAAUGUCAACCCCUGUAGUUUAAUAGGUGAUAAUCAGUCACUUUAUUAAGCAGUCAAUAAAUCAAUCAAUGGUGUGUAGCUCAGGUAAUUAGUUUGCCUUCUAGCCAAUUAGCAUUCAGACAUCCAGUCAGUCAAUGAACUGUUGUGGGUGUUAAAAAGCCUCUCCUCUUUUCAACAUGUCACUCAUAUCUGUGUCAUACUGUAUCAGAUAUCAAAUCAAAUCAUAUUUUUUCCUCUGUGUUGCUGUGAUAUUGUGUGUGUGUGUGUGUGUGAAAGAGAAAGUUUAAUAUGUUUGCUUAGGUCAGUGUCUUUUUCACCACUUAUAUUUGCAGGUUUUUUUUGUUUAAUUUAUAUUUUUAGGCUUUGUCACCUUUAAGGGCAUCAGUAUAAAAAACUGUGUAUUUAAUCAAAGAGCAACAAUCUUAUUGGCUGUUUAUUUAAUGUUUAAACAUGUAAUUAGGCUGUUGGAGAGAAUAAUUUUAAGGAAUGUUAAGUAUUUAUGAAUUUAGCUACUUGAGUUUGUAGCUAUCAUCAGUUUGCUUUUAUCUUAUUUUUUUCUUUACUUUCUUUUUGCAUGUUAAAAAAAUGAUCUAAUAAGUCUCGAGGGUUAGGGCUAAAACUUUCUAAAUGGUUUGACAUUUUGGAUAGUAGUUGUUUUAUAGUGGAUACUGGGAUGGAGGAUACAUCUAAUUUUUGUAUGGUUUAAUAGAAGCAAGUCCUGUGAUUGACGACCAAUCCAGGGUGUACCCUAUGCCCACUGACCACUGGGAUAGGCUCCUGCCCCCCAUGACCCCAAAUGGAAUAAGCAGUACAGAAAAUGGCUGGAAAUGGAUGUAUUAAUAUAAAUGGCCACAAGCUGUCACUUAGCUUCGCUUAGCAUAGCAUCCCUUAGCUUAGCUUACAGCUCCUUUGAAUGAAACUUAUGGUUCGUCUUCAUUUUUGGUAACCCUUGUGGGCAAAGGAAUACCUGUUUUUCUUUACAUGUGAAUGCAGUCGAACAUUUGUUCUUGGUCCAUUUUUACCUAAAAGUCGCAAAAUAAUAUUGAGAAGCUGUACCCAUCAUUUACUCUGAAUAGCCUAGCUUCCCUGCCGGUGUAGGUACCAGAUGUGUCUGGGCUGACAGGUCUGUCCAGGGCCUGUGCUGUCUGGUGAUGUAGCACAUUUUUAUUGGCUUGAAGCUCAUGCCAUGGGACAGCGAACCUGUUAGCUUCAAUGAAGCUAAUUUUGAAAGCUAACUUUAGUGUUGUAAUGUUAUUCAUACUUUGAUGUUCUCUUUACCUUCAAGUUACACACUUAAACCUUCUGUAUAUUUGGGGGUGAUGCUGAAGGUGUGAGAAACAUCAUUUUGAAUAAAAUAUUUUAAUUCUGUGACAUUUAAAGUGUCUAAAAUGGCCAGUUUGCCCAGUUUGCUCUUGCUGUAUAUCAGAAGGAUGAUAAUAAUAAUAACAAACUUUAUUUAUAUAGCACCUUUAAAAACAGAGUGCUUUGACAAUAAGCAGAAUAACAAUUACAAACGUCAAACACAACAGCAAAACAUCACAAGAAAGACAAAACCCCAAUAACAAAAGAACCCAUGGAAGACUCUGCCAGCAAUGUAACUCAACAUCAUAAAUCCAGCACAACAUUAAAAGCACAGAAACAAUGCAAGACAUUCAUGGUCUAUGAUUUGUGUAUUAAACUAUAUUUUAACAAGUGAGAGAAAAAAAUACAGUCAUGGAUGAAAGCAUUGGCACCCCUGGCAUUUUUCCAGAAAAUAGAACAUUUCUCCCAGAAAUUGUUGCAAUUACACAUUUUUGAUAUAUAUGUGUUUAUGGCCUUUAUGUGCAUUGGAGCAACACAAAAAAUCAG